AGUAGUUGAAAUUAGGUCCCCUGCCUUUUUUACUCUCAUAAAAGAACCCUCCCAUUUCCAUAACCUCUCUUAGUCUUCCCACGAUCCCAAUAAAAAUGAUCCCAUCUUUUCUCACAUCACUGCUUCAUAGCCUCACCUUACGGUGGCCGGUGCUCCUCUACGCCGCCACGUGGACUGUUAUUCUAACGGCGAUGGUGGCGGUGGCGUCGUUCUCCCCGGAAGUGGCCUUCGUCUCCGCCAUAUCUCAGUCGUCUUCCUUCUCUAAAGCUUGCGGGAUUGAGGGGAUGCUUAGAGUUCCGAUGGACGUGGCGGGAGAGAGAUUGUGCUUGCCGGUUCAUCUCUUCGGUAAGUCCAAGAUUGAUUGGAUUAUUCCGCCGGUUUUCGCCGCUGUAGUUGUUACUGGGUCGGCUUGGGUGGUCCGUGGCAUGGGCUUGUGGGAAUUCGACGAGGCCAAUUGAUUUUCUGCUGAAAUUCAUAGUUUUGUUUU